AUGAUUCAGACAACUACGCAAACCGCACCAGUAACGCUGAAGGCUGUUGGCGGGGGCCCGAUGAAGAUCGACGGCACGGAAACCAACUAUGGCGACUGGAGAGACGACCUUGCCCGUGACGGCUAUGCUAUCGUGAAGGGGGCGAUUCCAAGGGAGAGGGCCGAUGCUUAUGCAGACGGCAUGUACACAUGGUUGGAAGGCUUCAACCUGGGAUUUGACCGAAACGAUGUUUCCACGGCUCACAAAGAUAAAUUACCAGCCAUCAACGAGAAGGGCAUGUGCCUCCAUUACGCCGUAACACACGAAGACUUUGCCUGGGGUGUACGUGGCGAGCCAGGCGUUGUAGGGGCUUUCGAAAAGAUAUACGACGACAAAGAGCUCAUCGUCUCAUUUGACGCCAUCAACUUCACAUUUCCCAACCGAAAGGACAUUGCGCCCAACAAGCCAUGGCCUCAUCAAGACCAGGAUCCCGCGAAGCCAGGAUUCAGAUGCAUGCAAGGUCUCGUCAACCUGCUGCCCAAUGGCCCGGAUGAUGGUGGCUUGAUAGUGUGCCCUGGGGGCCAUCUCGUGUCUGACGAAUUCCACAAAGACAUGGCCGAUGAGCCACGUAUUCCAGCAUGGACUCCUGAGUGGUUUGGGUUCACAGAGAACGGCCUCAAAUGGCUAGAGAAGAAGGGUCUGAAAUGGGUCAAGGUGUGCGCUGAGCCUGGAGAUCUAUUGCUCUGGGACUCCCGUACUCCUCACUACAACCUUGCUUCAAAGACCAAUCAGCCCAGAUUCGCUGUAUACACCUGCUACAUGCCUGUCUCACACGCGACUCAAGAAGAUCUCGUACGCAAGAAGGACGCCUACGAAAGGUUUGUGGGCACUACACACUGGCCCAAUGCCAGACACACUGGAUCGAACGUAGCACAGCGAGAUGGGGAGGAUGACCCGCACAACCGUUUUGAGCCAGUGAACAAGCCAAAACUUGAUGAGCGUACAUUCAAGUUGACUGGAAUCCCUUACAUCAAGUCGUAGAUCAUGCAAACAACAUACAAUACAAUUAUCUCUGUUCG